AUGGGGGUUGCAGGUGGAGGUGGUGGCUGGCAAGGUGAUAGUCUGCUUCCUCAGGCUGGGAAGUCCCUUCUGGAAGGUGGAGAAGGGGGUCAAGCUUGUUCUCAAGCACUAGCCAAGCUCCAGUGGGCCACCUCUGGUGGUUUUGGCGGGGGAGGAGGAGCUUGUACUUCUGGAGGAGGAGGCGGAGGCUACAGAGGGGGGCAUGCCUCCGAUAAUGAUGAUAUCACAGCCAGUGGGCAGGAUGGCAUCUCUUUUGUGAACCCCAUUGGAGAGAUCUUCUUGCAUCCCCUGGCAGCCAUGGAAAGUCAUGGUGAGGUGGAGGUUCAGAUCUAUCUUAACUGCAGCCACUGCCACUCAGACAACUGUAAGCGGGAUCCUGACACAAACCUGCCAGUCUGCCAAUGUGAGAUGGGGGCUGUGCUAGCCAACGACAAUGUCACCUGCACUGUGCCCCAGGGUCCUAUCCCAGAGGGACACCUGCCUCUUCCACUCCUCCUAGCUGUGGUGGCUGUGAUUGUGGUGCUUGGAAUCAUCCUCACUUGUGGCAGCCUAUCUAUCAUUUAUCACCUUAAGAAGCAGCAGCUGGAAGGAGCCAGAGCACGACUGCAGAGCCCAGAAUAUAAACUGAGCAAAAUCCGCACGUCAGCCAUUAUGACAGAUUACAACCCCAACUACUGCUUCGCAGGGAAGGCCGCUGCUCUGAGCGAGCUGAAGGAGAUCCCACGGAAGAACAUCUCUCUGCUUAGGGCACUAGGACAUGGUGCAUUUGGUGAGGUUUAUGAGGGAACCGUGGUAGGCAUUGCAGGGGAUCCCAACCCUCUUCAAGUGGCUAUCAAGACCCUGCCAGAAGUCUGCUCUGAGCAGGAUGAAAUGGAUUUCCUGAUGGAAGCAUUGAUUAUCAGUAAAUUCAAUCACCAAAAUAUUGUGCAGUGCAUCGGUGUUAGCCUACAGACGCUGCCUCGCUUCAUUCUGCUUGAGCUCAUGGCUGGAGGAGAUAUGAAGAGCUUUCUUCGGCAGAAUCGACCCAGGGUGAACAUAGCUAGGGAUAUUGCCCGCGGCUGUAAAUAUCUGGAAGAGAAUCAUUUCAUCCACAGAGAUAUAGCUGCAAGGAAUUGCCUUUUGACCUGUACUGGAGCAGGACGAAUAGCCAAGAUUGGUGACUUUGGGAUGGCCAGGGAUAUUUACAGAGCAAGUUACUACCGCAAGGGAGGAAGAGCCAUGCUUCCUGUCAAGUGGAUGCCACCAGAAGCUUUUCUAGAGGGCAUUUUCACCUCCAAGACUGAUACCUGGUCCUUUGGUGUGCUACUUUGGGAGAUUUUUUCUCUAGGCUACAUGCCCUACCCUUGCAAAACCAAUCAGGAAGUGCUGGAAUUUGUCACCAGUGGAGGAAGAAUGGAUCCACCAAAAAACUGUCCAGGGCCAGUGUACCGGAUCAUGACACAGUGCUGGCAGCACAGCCCAGAGUAUCGGCCAAACUUUUCCACCAUCCUGGAAAGAAUCAAGUAUUGUACACAGGACCCUGAUGUGAUCAACACUGAGCUGCCCAUGGAGUGUGGCCCAGCACCAGAGGAUGAAGGGAGUAUGGUCACGCGCCCAAACAUUUCCAGUGGGAUAGUGCCCCUGUUGGUAAGCCCUUCUCUCACACCUCAGAUGACGCCUAAAACGCUGGCCUCCCACCAUGCUGCACAUAAACUUGUUCAAUGUCCACAAGAGCUACUGGUGGAGAACCUGAGCAACCGGACUGCUCGAGGGCCCAGCCUGCCAUGCCUUAGCAAUUUCAACAGUGAGUCUUGGUUCCAGCAGACCUCAAACCAGAAGUUGGAGCACAGCAAUCCACCAACCCACAGACUUAAAAACAAAACAAAAAAUCUUUGGAACCCAACCUAUGGAUCAUGGGUGCUAGAGAACAUCUGUCACUUCAGCCCCAGCUCUAAGCUCAAAGCAACUCCAGAGCGGGAAGAUUCGGGCUUUGAUGGGAAUUGCAGUUCUUCUCCUAGCUCUCGGGCAUCUCCAGCAUCUCCAAGUCGAAGCAACUGCCCUCACCUGGAUAUCGGUGGAAUUGAACUGGUGAAACUCCAGACUUUCCCCUGCGGCAAUGUAAAUUAUGCUUAUGAUGACCUGUGCUGUAGCACUGACCACCAGCCAUCAGCUUUGGCAGAGGUCAGAGCAGCUGUGCUAAGGACCUCCAGUCUGCAUAGAGAUGAAAAGCCUUUUUAUAAAACAGAGAAAACAUCAAGAGAGAGGGACUCUGGUCUGUCUUUGUCAGAUGACCUGAGUGUUACUCCGGUGUAA